UUUACAUCCCUUUGGUCUCCGUUGAAGGGGAAAUCAGUACACGAUGUCGAAAAGAUUCACGCUUAUUAUGGUCCCAUUGUUCGCAUUGCGCCCAGUGAAAUCUCGGUCGCGGGUCCGGAUGGAUGGAAAGAUAUUUAUGCCACAAGACCAGGCCACAAAAUAUUUCCCAAAAAUGGCAUUUGGUAUGAACCUCUUUACCUGCUCGGCUGUCCAAACGUUACAUUAUGUUACAUGAUUCCAGUUCUCGUCAUCUACUGCUAUUGACAGUCUCUGUGCUAAGCUAUAUAAUCAGGUAUGGUGGGAAGGCUAUAGGACAGCCAGAGUCCCUCAUUAAUGCAGAGCAACCAGCGGAUCACGAACGAAUGAGACGGUUAAUAAACCCUACCUUCACCCCGAAAGCCGUGGAAAGCCAAGAGAGCACCGUACAAUUCUACGUUGAUUUGUUAAUAUCUAAGCUCCGAGAUCGCGCUGCUGCCAAAGAGAGUGUUGAUAUCGUGUCAUGGUACAACUUCACAACCUUUGACAUUGUUGGGGACCUUGGAUUUGGCGAGCCUUUCAACUGUCUCCAAGAUAGCCAGUACCAUAUCUGGGUCUCAACGAUAUUCACGCAUUUUAAAAAUACAUUCAUGCUUGGGGCCUUGGGAUGUUAUCCCUUACUCUCAAAGGUAUUGCGCGCUUUGAUACCAUCUAGUGUACGCAAACCCGCCUUGCGGAAUAGAGCGAUGUCACAAGAGAAGGUCCACCGUCGCUUGAAUUUGGAGAAGGAGCGAAAUGACUUCAUGACCCCAGUCAUUCGUGGUGAGGAUUCUAAGAGCAUGUCUCUUUCCGAGAUCGAGGGGAUCUUUUAUACCAUCAUCGUGGCAGGGAGUGAGACGACAACAACGGUUCUAUCUGGGAUCACCAAUUAUCUGACGCGAGACGCCGCUGUCAUGAAUCGUCUCUGUGCUGAAAUUCGCUCAGCAUUUUAGAACGAGAAGGAUAUUAAUUUUUCGGCUACAAGGAAUCUUCCAUAUCUGAAUGCAGUGAUUCAAGAAGGAAUGCGCAUGUGUCCUCCUACGCCCGCAGGUAUUCCAAGAAUUGUACCACAAGGAUGUGACACCGUUUGUGGCUACUGGUUCCCGGGAGGUGUAUUUCACGAAUUAUUGUCAAUGAUAUAGCCGACCAUCUCGCUAACUAUCUCUUUUCUAGACAAACAUUUCCCUCCACUCGUGGUCAACUUACAGAUCUUCAGCCAACUUUCACAACCCAUUACAAUUCGUUCCUGAGCGCUGGCUUCAAAGUAGCAUAACCGAUGAGACCAGUCCUUAUUAUAAUGACAAGCGUUACGCGGUCCAAGUAUUCUCUCUUGGUCCUCGAGGUUGCCUUGGAAAGAAUCUCGCUUGGGCGGAAUUGCGGCUCAUACUGGCGAGAAUGAUAUGGAAUUUCGAUAUAGAAAUAGCUUGCGAUGCGGAUGGAAAUGCAAAGUUGCUAGAUUGGACGAAGCAGAAGACGUGGGUACUGGUUGAGAAGGAGCCUUUGGAAGUGAAACUCACUUCAGUACAAGUCUAG